UAAUUAUAAAGAGGUGAUUUUUUAUUUUUUUUGAUAGAUGAAAAAGAAAAGUAUGCUAAGUGAACAAAACAAAUAUUUUUAUUUGAUCUACAACAUUAGGUUAAUUGCAGAUCAAAAAGAAAAGUGUCUUAUGUAAAGUGAAAAUUUUAUAUGGUCUUCAACGUCAGGCCAAUUAGCAACUUGUACAUUUUUUUAAAUCCAAAUUAGCUGUAUUACUUUCAUAUUUUUUGAACAAUGAAUACUUUUAUUUUUCAAUUUUAAUUAAAACUUCUUUGACUUUGGGAAAUCUGCCAUUAGGUGCUUUAAAACUUCGGUUGUUAUGCCACGCAAUAACAACUUCCCUUGCCCCCCCCCCCCCCCCCCCCCCCCCCCCCCCCCCACCCCCCACCAAUCCCCCCCCCCCCCCCCCCCCCAACCCCACACACACAACCACUAUAAUUCCCUCGCAUGCAAUUCCACUGAACUGCAAAUUCUCAGCAACAAUACUUGUGAUCUAUCAAUUUUUUUUGAAAUUGAGGGUUUCAGUACAAAGAGAAUCUGCAAUACCAAUGGGGGAGUAUAAUGGUGCAGAGUACAUAGGGAUUCAUGAUGUUCCUCUAUCUCCUAGAGCAAAUAACGCCAAGAAAGUUUCGCUUUUGCCACUAAUUUUCCUCAUUUUCUAUGAGGUUUCUGGUGGUCCAUUUGGUGUUGAGGACACUGUGCAAGCAGCUGGUCCUCUUUUUGCUCUUCUUGGUUUCUUGAUUUUCCCAUUAAUAUGGAGUGUCCCUGAGGCAUUGAUUACUGCUGAAAUGGGGACUAUGUUCCCUGAGAAUGGUGGUUAUGUUGUGUGGGUUUCAUCUGCUUUAGGUCCAUAUUGGGGGUUUCAACAAGGUUGGGUGAAAUGGCUUAGUGGAGUUAUCGACAAUGCACUUUAUCCUGUUAUGUUCCUAGAUUACCUUAAAUCAGCUAUCCCUGCAUUAGGUGGUGGGCUUCCUAGGAUUGUAGCUGUUUUAGCACUUACUUUGGUUCUUACUUACAUGAACUAUAGAGGUUUAACGAUUGUUGGAUGGAUGGCUGUCUCGCUUGGUAUAUUGUCGAUCCUACCUUUCGUGGUUAUGGGGCUCAUUUCGAUUCCCAAAAUUAGGCCUUCAAGAUGGUUGGUGCAAGAUGUACAUAAUAUUGAUUGGAACUUGUAUCUGAAUACUCUUUUCUGGAAUCUGAACUAUUGGGAUUCGAUAAGUACUCUUGCUGGUGAAGUACAUAACCCGAAAAAGACUCUGCCCAAGGCUUUGUUUUAUGCUGUGAUUUUAGUUGUGCUGUCGUAUUUUUUCCCUUUGCUGAUUGGUACCGGAGCUGUUCCCCUCCAGCGCGACUUGUGGACUGAUGGUUAUUUCUCAGACAUAGCGAAGAUACUUGGUGGAGUUUGGCUCAGAUGUUGGGUUCAAGGUGCUGCUGCUGUAUCAAACAUGGGGAUGUUUGUAGCUGAAAUGAGUAGUGACUCUUUUCAGUUACUUGGUAUGGCAGAGAGGGGAAUGCUCCCUGAGUUUUUUGCAAAGAGAUCUCGCCAUGGAACUCCUUUAAUUGGGAUUCUCUUUUCGGCUUCUGGUGUGAUUUUACUUUCAUGGCUGAGCUUUCAGGAGAUAGUAGCAGCAGAAAAUUUCUUGUAUUGCUUUGGAAUGAUUUUGGAAUUUAUAGCAUUUGUAUGGUUAAGGAUUAAGUACCCAAAUGCACCACGCCCGUUCAAGAUACCCGGGGGAACAAUUGGAACUGUCCUGCUGUGCAUACCUCCAGCCAUUCUUAUCGGUGUUGUAUUGGCCUUCUCUACAAUCAAAGUUAUGAUUGUAAGCCUCGCUGCUGUUGCAAUUGGGUUGGUGUUGCAACCGUGCAUUAAGCUUAUCGAGAGGAAGAGAUGGCUGAAGUUCUCCACUAGUUCUGAUCUUCCUGAUAUCGCAUCAGACGGUCCAUUAAUUCGUUGAUAACGAUUCUCUACUGAGUUAUGCCAUUAUUAGGCUUAUCUGCUCCACUUACAUAGAAGCUGUGGUACUGUGUGCAGUGCUGAGUUAUCAUGGGAGCCCGUGGAAAACAGGCAACGUCAACAGGUGGCUUCUAAUCUCGUACACAGUGUUUGCUAUGUUUUUCUCGAUAAAUGCUGAGUAGCUACAGUUUCCAGAGCAACUCCAGCAGAAGUGGUUCGUCAUAGGUUGGUUGAUUUUUUUCUUUUAAAGGAUCUUACGGUAACCUUCUAAUCUUGUAGCUGUAUUAGCCCUGGUCUUGAGACUAUCAAGUUUAAGUAGCUACCGAUGAUAGUUCAGGGAAUUGCGUUAGAAACAGAUGGUGAUUGCUUUUUCCCCUGAAUUGAUCCUCUUACUUGUUGUGUGUAAUGUGCAUAGUGUGCUAGUAAGACUAAUAACUGUAGAGGUGUAAAUGAACUCAUAUGUUCAUAAUUGAAACACAAUCCCAGCUCAUGUAAGUUUGAACUCAGGCUAUUUAUUUAAAGAAAAAAUGAGUUUGGUUUCA